CUGGACGAUAACGAGGUGCUGGACGGCGACAACGCCACGUCGACGCCGUACUUCGACUUCAACGUGCCACGUAACGUGACAACGGCCGUGGGGCAGACCGCCUUCCUGCACUGCCGUGUCGAGCAGCUGGGGGACAAAGGGGUGUCGUGGAUCAGGAAGCGGGACCUGCACAUCCUGACGGCGGGCAUCCUGACGUACACGAGCGACCAGCGCUUCACCGUCAUCCGGCCCGACCGCUCCGACAACUGGACGCUGCAGAUCAAGUUCCCGCAGGAGCGCGACUCGGGCAUCUACGAGUGCCAGGUCAACACCGAGCCCAAGAUGAGCCUCGCCUUCCGUCUCAACGUCGUAGAGGCGAAGGCGCGCAUCGCGGGCCCGAGCGACCUGUACGUGAAGAAGGGCAGCGCGCUGAGCGUGGUGUGCUCCAUCAGCCAGGGCCCGCACGACCUCGGCACCGUGUUCUGGUACCGCGGCGCCGCCAUCCUGCAGCCGGCGCCGGCGCCCGCGCCCGGCGCGCGCCUGCGCAUCGACACCGACUGGACGGACGCUCUCACGUCGCGCCUCUACAUCGCCGACGCCAGGCCCUCAGACUCGGGCAACUACACGUGCGUGCCCACGCUGGCCAGCGCAGCCAGCGUCAACGUGCACGUCAUCAACGGGGAACACCCAGCGGCGAUGCAGCACGGCAACAAGAGCAGUGCGGUGACGUCGCUGCAGCUCCCGCUGUCGCUGUCUCUGCCGUUGGCGCUGUACACGGCGACAGCGCUGCUGGCGCGCCGGCUCAGCUGAACGGCGGCCUUCCUGCGCGUGCGCGACGAGAGCGCGAGUUGACUGCGCAUGCGCGAGACCCAGAGCGUGCCGCGCAUACGCGAGAGCAUCGCUGGGCUGCCGGACCCCGAGGAGGUGCAAGCUCACCGAAACGGAAAAAAGCCAAAGUCUCCGCGAGAGAGGAUACAAUAACUGUACUGUCUAAAUGAAUAAAUAUACAAUGUACAUAUUUUCAGCAAAUUUUGUUUCACUAGUUGUAGAAUUGUUGUCCAGUUGAUUUGCACAUCUGUUGCGUUCUACUAUUGCAAACCUUUCUAUUACGGAGUGAGAGAUUCACCUGGAAGAUGGAAGACUGUUAAAGAUAUGAAAUUCUAAGGUGGGAGUUACAUGCAGUGCAGGAUUAAAGCAAUAAUAAUAAUAAUAACAAAGAAACUAACAACAACUGCUCUUUAUCUGUGUCGUAUCAAUUUCAAAAAUACUUGUUCAGUGUUGGAAACGACAAGCAAGGCAAAUAUUUGAGUUACACUUAGAGUGUGUAAGAGUUUUAAUUUAUAAUAAUUUCUCUUUCUGUGCCUAGCGCUUACAUGUCACUCACUAUGAAUGAAAGUAGUGCAGAUGGCAGUGAUGCAGGGUUCAAAUACUUAAGGAUGGGAGAGUCAUAAUAAAGGAUGUUGUUAAAGGAAUAAGACUUGUGGAAAUGUUUGGUUGUACAGAAUGUUUCGCAGACCAAUUUUAAUAACAAUUAUAAACAUUUUUCACAAAUUUUAAUAAGUCUUCUCGAAGAGGAAUUGCAUAGGUGAAAAGGAUACUUUGAAGUCCUAGGAAUAACUAUGUACCUAUUUGUAUAUCUGAGAUGUAGGUAAGAGUAACAGAGUAUUUAUUAUCUAGAAAUGUUGAUUUAUAUAUUCGUAUUGUAACAUUAUAUAUUUUGUAAAUUAAUGCACUCAACAUUGUUAUUUCAUUUGCCGAAUCACUCUGUUUCACAAAUA